GAGAAUGUUGUAGACUCAGAAGAACCACAAGCUGUGGUGGCCAGAGUGAGGAAGGAGCUCAACAGGACAAGCAGGUUGGAUAGUCAAAGAAGGUUUGACAGUCCUACAGUGGCAGCAGUGGCUGCUCCAUUGCAGCUCAAGCCCCAAGGAGACUUGGAGUACAUCUUUUGUGCCUUUUGACUGAGGGACCAUGACAAAAUCCUUGUGGCUGUCCUUGCUCCUCCUCAUUCCAGUAGCCCUGGCAGUUGGUGUGGACCAGCCCGAGAAUGAAGGGAAGAUAUUGCGGUUCUUUGAAUCCAUCAAUACCUCAAAUGCCAAUGUGAAGCAGUGUGUAUGGUUUGCUAUGAAAGAAUACAACAAGGAAAGCGAGGACAAAUAUGUCUUCCUUGUGGAUAAGACGCUGCAUGCCAAGCUUCAGAUCACAGACCGCAUGGAAUACAGCAUUGACGUUCAGAUGUCCCGCAGCAAUUGCAAAAAACCUUUAAACAAUACUGAAAACUGCGUCACUCAGAAAAACUCUGUACUGGACAAGAAAGUAAAUUGCAGCUUUUUGGUAGGAGCGCUUCCAUGGAAUGGCGAGUUCACCCUGCUGAACAAAGAAUGUAAAGAUAUCUAAGGGUGUCUUGGAGCAUCCCUCACACUUUUGAGUCUGUCUUUGUCUGUGUUAAAAGAGCAACAUCAGGUUCAAGUCUGUCACCAAC